AUGGAGAGGGCAACAGAAGAAACAGCAGCCACGAUGUGGUCUGACGUGAAAAAUACAAACCCUCAGUCCCGCGCACCUGCUCCGCCGGACCCCGGUGUCGCCCCAGCGCGGGGAAAGGGCGUACUUGCUGUGGAGGACGCGGUGCACAGGAACACGGGCACGGGUACGGGUACGGAUACGAAUCCCGAAGCAAAGCACCACCGACAGUCCUCGCUCCGCGACUGCCUGGGCAGCGCCGCACCGGGCCGGGCCGGAAACAGCGGCUACGGCAGAGCGAGGAGGAGGCAGGACCGGGGCGGAGCGGAUCGGAGCGGAGCGGGGCUAGCCGGGAGGGGCGAACGAAGGCAUCGGAAGGUCCCAGCAGGCGCCGCGCUUCCCGAGAUGGCUGUCGAGGUGGGGCCGCCGCGGCUGCCCCGGAAUGGCCGGGUGUCUCCCGGGUUGGAGCAUCGCGGCCCUGGCCCGCGGAAGCAGCAGAAGCUUGAAACUGUGCUGCAUACCCACCUGAAGCACUUUGAGCCUUACACCUUGUUGAACUUCUUACACUUGUGUGUCCUUAUUCAAUGUUAUCCAAUAAAUUUUCUGCCAAAAAUAUUUAGUCCCUAUUUUCUGCAAAAGCUUCAAGGGUCUGAAACUCCUUUCAAAAUACCAGAUACUGAGAUUAAAUUAGAUGAAGAAGGUUUUGUAUUGCCUGCGGCCCAACUUAAAGAGGUACACAGACGAUUCCAUUUUUUGAGAUAGAAAGUCUACAAAUUACCAGAAAAAUGGCAGAUUAUCUACACAAAAAAAUCUUUCCUUGUAUAUAUUGACUCAGCAGCUGACAGUGGAGAAUACUACUGGAUCACAGGCUGAUCUUCUAUACUACAAAGGGUAAAUUCUGCGCAUGGAAGAAAAAAUAUUUUUUCUAAGUAACUCCACGUCAGAAAAUUUGAGCUUCAGAAAGUUAUUUGGAACAUUUGACAUAUACAGAGUAAUAAAGCUAUGUAUAGAUCCUCCUUUUCUUAUUUUCUAUCUUUUUUUCUAUUUCUUAUUUUCUUAUUUUCUAUCCUUAUUUUCUUAAGAUUUGUGUCAAUAUUUAUUUACAAGUUUACAGAUAUAAGUGCCAGUCAGUGCUGCUUUUCCCUUGUAUUUUUAACUGGUUCUCAUUCACAGCUGCAAACAGCCACGUGACUAUUGAAGGAUACUGGCCAGUCUGUAUGUACAGAAUAUGCCUAAAGAAUAUUAGGCAUAUCAGGGCAAAUCAGGGCUUUUCUUGAAAAUAUAAGAAGAAAUAGUGCAAUUUAUUUAGAGCUGCUCAUGUAAUUUCACAAGUGUUACAUAAAACUAAAAUUUGAAGUAGUUGCACAGUAUUGACUUAGUGGUUUUACUUACAAGAUGUGGAGUGCUGUUCAGUAAAUAGCAAAUGCCUUACAGAAAAUGAGAGCAUUUUUAAUAAAAAGGAUUUGCUUUACUUGGUAAAGAAACAGCUGUCACAGGAUAAUGGACUUGUACAACUGUCUCUGUGGGGCCAGCCAGUGUUCCAGAUACAGUCUAUUUGUAGUUUUGACUUUGGUGGCAGUGUUUUAAAUGUGAUGGCAAAAUGAGGUUAAAAAACCCAAUUUAUUAUAAAGCAAUUUCAAUAAAACAAACAACAAAAGGAAAAACCACAAUAAAAUAUAUCAGCACAGCGCUGGGUGGACAGGGGUCUAUACUCAAAGGUACAGAUUUUCCCAAAUCCACGCUGUAUGUGUUGUAGUCCGGGGUUUUUAUAGGGGUUUUGUGCCCUCAGGCCAAAACUCUGAGCAGUCACUGUUCAACAAAGAGUCUUGAUGGUUGGUUGAAUGGAUUUCUUGGAACCGGUGAACUGAAUCAAUAGACAGUUGGGCAGAGUCUCUUUGCAUGUAGAAAGGUUCUGAGUGUCUCUUGAUUUCAUCUUGGGUUGGGCUAUCAGGACGGAGUGGUUGGGUUCGGGUUGGAGCCGAUGAAUAUCUCGGCUGGGCUUCUCUCUUUGUCCAGUUUGAUUGCUUCUGCAACUGUGGCUUGCAGGGUGGGGUGUUUAGGUCCAGUGAUGAGUAUCUUGUCCGGGCUCGUUUCUUUGUCCAGCCUGAUGGCCCGUGUCCUGCUCAUUCUCUUAGGUUGAUGGGCGCCGGCUAGAGUCGUUAUCUGAGUGCCAGCUAGAAUCGUUAUCUUUUGAAUGGGUAUUUGCUGCUGGGUCUGGGGAGGAAUCCUUGGGCCACACUAUACUUUAUAU